ACUUAUGACUUAUUGAAAGCAAGUAUAGCAUUCUCCAAAUAAAGAACCUAUGUAGCUAACUACUUGUUCCCACUCACUUACUCACUCCAGACAAUAAAACACACUGCAAUUCAUGAUUCACACCACUAGGCCCCACCAUGCCAGCUGCCAUUACGUCCUUCCUUCCCUUCUUCUUCUUCUUCUUCUCUUCCUCACAACAACAUAACUCUCAUCUAUCCAUUCACACGCUUCUUCUCUCAACUCUGUUACUGUUUAACCGUGUAGUAACUCUGUUUUAACUUAUAAGCAAUGAACGAUCAUUCGACCACCGCCGCCACAAUGAACGACCAACUCUCCGACCAAACCUCAAUAUUCGGUCUCCGUUUGUGGGUUGUCCUCGGCGUCUCUGUCGGUGUCGUUAUCGUUCUAAUCCUCUUCUUUAUCUCCAUCUGGCUCGCUUUCAAACGUAACAACAAUUCCAAAACCAAACCUUCAAUCCCUGACGUCUCCAAAGAGAUCCAAGAAAUCAGACUCGAACUUCCAUCUAACAUAAACAACCCAACCACACAGCCCGACCCGUUUCCAGAACCCGACCCAAUACCCUCCAACGAACACCUUGAAGACGAGACUCCGUUGAGUUACAAUAGAAUUCAGUUUGAAAUUGGAAAAAAUCAUAGGAUUUCUUACCCUGAACGUGCUUGUGGAAAGUCUUGUUCCAAUGAACAUAGUGGAGAAUCUCGACCGUUGGAUCAAGUUCCUACGGUGAUUCCUCAAGUUUCUCAUUUGGGUUGGGGUCAUUGGUAUACUCUUAGAGAGUUAGAGGAUGCUACUAAUGCAUUUGCACCUGAUAAUGUUAUUGGUGAAGGUGGUUAUGGAAUUGUUUAUCAUGGUAUUUUGAAAGAUAACACUCAAAUUGCAAUUAAGAAUUUGCUCAAUAAUAGGGGACAAGCUGAAAGAGAGUUUAAGGUUGAAGUGGAAGCGAUAGGACGAGUUCGUCAUAAGAAUUUAGUGAGGUUGCUUGGUUAUUGUGCUGAAGGAGCUCAUAGAAUGCUAGUGUAUGAGUAUGUUGACAAUGGUAACUUGGAGCAGUGGUUACAUGGUGAUGUUGGACCUUGUAGUCCUCUAACUUGGGAAAUUCGAAUGAAUAUUAUUCUAGGAACGGCUAAAGGGUUGACUUAUCUUCAUGAAGGGUUAGAACCAAAAGUUGUUCACCGUGAUAUUAAAUCGAGCAACAUUUUGCUUAAUAAGCAGUGGAACUCAAAGGUUUCUGAUUUUGGUCUUGCAAAACUUCUUGGCCCUGAGAGCAGCUAUAUUACAACCCGUGUCAUGGGUACAUUUGGCUACGUUGCUCCUGAAUAUGCAAGUACUGGAAUGUUGAACGAACGAAGUGAUGUAUAUAGUUUUGGAAUUCUUAUUAUGGAAGUGAUUACAGGCAGGAAUCCAGUCGAUUAUUGCCGUCCUCCAGAAGAGGUUUGGUUUAUUUCUUUCACUAUUGUGAACCUCGAUGUUAUUGAAUGUUUAUACUUGAAUCUGAAAACUCAUGAUUUUCAGGUGAAUUUAGUUGAGUGGCUCAAGAAGAUGGUUGGUAACAGAAAUCCAGAGGGAGUGUUGGAUCCAAAGCUUCCUGAGAAACCAACCUCAAGGGCACUAAAGCGAGCACUUCUUGUAGCAUUACGCUGCACUGACCCUAAUGCACAAAAGCGGCCUAAAAUGGGGCAUGUAAUACACAUGCUUGAAGCCGAAGAUACCCCUUACAAAGAGGAUCGGAGAGUCAGAAGAGAUGCGGGACAUUCACCUACCCCCAGAAUAGAAGAUAGAUCGAAAGAGGAGGCCAAUGUAUCUAUUGAUGAUGGUAUGCUUGAAAACGAGAAGUCUACCAAUGAGACAGAAUCAAACCAUGAAAUAGAGAAGCAAUAAAUUUGGAUAGCUGUCUCUUUAAUGACAAAAAAACUUGUGGUACAUGCCUUCUCUCUUACAACCUGUCAUUGCAAAAGGCUAACACAAUUUGCUUCCACUGGGCCUUACGGUACUUUUCUCUGAGAGUUACUUUUAUACCCCUAUGUUUCUAAAAAACUCCUGUGUCUUAAAGUAUACUUCUGAACGCAAAAAAAUUGUGUUAUUGUUCGGAAGUAUACUUGCGGACGGUAAAAAAAAUGUUUAUUUUUCGGAAGUAUACUUCCAAAGUGCAUGUCAGGUGGGAAAAGAAGCUUCUAUUCGCAUUAGAUUGCUGGUACAUUCUACACCUCAGUGUUUAAUAUAACCCCACAUUGAGACUUUUCCACUUUCUCUUUCCCACCCGAUGCCUUUGCUUUAAGGGGGUGAUUGUAUUGUAGCUACAGGCUGGUCAUGUAAAUUAUAACUAUAUGGUUCAAUUCAUCCAAUAAAAGACUGUUUUGAUCUCCUUGAA